AUGGCUCUCAUCUGCAUCAGACUCCCACUCACCUCGGGGAUAAAUCCAGGAGACGGCACUGUCUUGCGGCAGGAUCGUGAUCCUGACUACGGUGUAUGCCUCGCUGCAGGAACGGCGAAGCGUAACUUGAAUCGGCCGAAUCUUACCAUGAUCGUAAUGAUUGAUAACAGCGGAGGUCCAAAAACGCCGUGUCACACUUUGGCAGGGAAUACUUCUGCAGCCAACUUCUCCAAUGUUUUACCAUCUGCCCGCUCAGGCAAUCACAAAGACUAA